GACGUCACUGCGGCAGCGUGGUGACGUCACAGCAGUCGUGUGUGUGUGUGUCUCUCUUGACACCAACCUCAUCCGUCGACAUUUGCCAAUCCGAGGAGGCGGCAGAGAGGAAGAGACCUCGCCAAAAAGUCGUCGUUCCACUACGCAUUUGGGCUACCAGGUCGUGCUUGAGACACAGCCACCAUGUCCAUCCUGAAGAUCCACGCACGGGAAAUCCUGGACUCCCGGGGCAACCCCACCGUGGAGGUCGACUUGCACACGGAGCGCGGGAUGUUCCGGGCGGCGGUCCCAAGCGGGGCGUCGACUGGGAUCUAUGAGGCUCUGGAGUUGCGAGAUGAUGACAAGGGGCGCUACCUGGGCAAGGGUGUUCUUCAGGCUGUGUCGCACAUCAAUGACACCAUCGCCCCGGCCCUCCUCAGCCAGAGCUUCAGUGUGGUGGAACAGGAGGCGAUUGAUCAAUUCAUGCUGGACCUCGAUGGAACUGAGAACAAAUCCAAGUUUGGAGCGAAUGCUGUGCUUGGCGUCUCGCUGGCCGUGUGCAAGGCCGGGGCGGGCGAGAAGGGGGUUCCGCUGUAUCGGCACAUCGCAGACCUUGCCGGGAACUCUGAAGUCAUCCUGCCUGUCCCGGCAUUCAACGUGAUCAACGGCGGCUCCCACGCCGGGAACAAGCUGGCCAUGCAGGAGUUCAUGAUCCUGCCCGUCGGGGCGGAGAGCCUCUCAGAGGCCCUGCGCAUGGGUGCCGAGGUCUACCACUCCCUCAAGGCCGUCAUCAAGAAGAAGUAUGGCCAGGACGCGACCAACGUGGGCGACGAGGGCGGCUUUGCCCCCAACAUUCUUGAAAACAUGGAGGCCCUGGACCUCCUCACCCAAGCCAUCGGCAAAGCUGGCUACACCGACAAAAUCGUCAUCGGCAUGGAUGUGGCCGCCUCCGAGUUCUACCGCGACGGGAAAUACGACCUGGACUUUAAGUCCCCCGCGGACCCAGACCGCUACAUCUCUGCCGACGAGCUGGCAGACCUGUACCGCACCUUCAUCAGCGACUACCCAGUGGUGUCCAUUGAAGACCCGUUUGACCAGGACGAUUGGGAAGCAUGGUCCAACUUUACUGCCAACGCUGGCAUUCAGAUCGUUGGCGACGACCUGACCGUCACCAACCCCGCACGCAUCCAGACCGCGGUGGAUGUCAAGGCCUGCAACUGCCUGCUACUCAAGGUCAACCAAAUCGGCAGUGUCACGGAGUCCAUCAAAGCAUGCAAGCUGGCGCAGUCCAACGGCUGGGGAGUCAUGGUGAGCCACCGCUCGGGCGAGACCGAGGACACCUUCAUUGCUGACCUCGUCGUGGGGCUGUGCACUGGUCAGAUUAAGACAGGUGCUCCGUGCCGGUCUGAACGUCUGGCCAAGUACAAUCAGCUGAUGAGGAUUGAGGAAGAGCUGGGGAAAAAGGCGCAGUUCGCCGGCAGGAAUUUCCGCCACCCCCUGGCUUGAAAAUCCGUAAUGCAAGCCCUUCCGUAGAAACGUGCACGUUGAAACCUAUAGCACCUCCUACCUCCCCCUGUUACCAUCACCUCUCAGUUGUGCUACCCACCACGUAUUCACUCCCCAAGUAACACGAGUAGCCAGAGGUGGGACAAAGUCAUUGUUAUGCAAGUCCAAGUCGAGUCUGAAGUCAUCAAAUUCAUGACUCGAGUCUGACUCGAGUCCAAGUCACAUGACUCGAAUCCACACCUCAGAGGUGGGACAAAGUCAUUGUUAUUCAAGUCCAAGUCGAGUCUGAAGUCAUCAAAUUCAUGACUCGAGUCUGACUCGAGUCCAAGUCACAUGACUCGAGUCCACACCUCUGCGAGUAGCACAGAAUCCACGUGGCGGCUUGAAGAAAACUGAAGUUUCUGGUGACCGUGUUAGAAGCAAUGGCGUGGCGGGGGUGCAUGAGGAGAGAUUACCAGAAGUGGCCCGAAUGGGGGAAAAAUGUAUCCGGAGCGUUUAAACAUAUGAAACUAAAGCGAAAGUGACAAAUAGAUAAUUAAAUAGGGAAAGAUUGUUGGUCAAGGCGGAUAGGAUUUGCUGAAUAAGUUUGCUUGGAGUUGUUAAUAUCGAGGGCUCAAGAAAGGUGUGCAUUGGCUUGUGACACAGAACCUACUAAACAAACACCCAGAUCGCCGAUAGCUGAUCAGUUGAAAAUGUUUAUGAAAUGUGAGUAAUAGCUGAAAUAUGGAACAAAUGUGAAACUAGGACUUAGACAUGAAAAUAUAAACUGAAAAAUACUCAUCUGAACAACGUAAUAAUUGGCUUCAAUUUUGAGAACACUUGAUGGUAGUUAUGAUGGUUUAGCCUGUUUAGUGCAGUUGGCUUGUUGGACCCCGAGAGGGAUGGGAGCAUCGUGUUUAGUCGGUUCAUGUUGUUCAGUGAGUUUGCUGGACCGUGAGAGAAUGUGAGCAUGGAGUCUGCAGGCCAGAGCCCUCCUCUCUCACCUCCUCCUGAAGAAUUGGGCCAAGGCGUUUGAGUGCAAACUUGAGUGAAGGAGCUGGCCGAGGGUACAGAGUGCUGGCGAGGUGUGGUGGGAUCAGUGGCUUUGGUCAUGAUGACAUAUAUGUAUGUACGUAUGUAUGUAUGACAUCUUGACUUGAGAGUGUAGUUGUGACGACUCCUGUUAUGAAAGAAACAAAGCCCAGACACGUGCACAGAUGUUAUAUACAGAGAUAUACGUGAAUGUUAUGUAAAGCUACUACAAAAAAUAAUCGUCCGACAAGCCUUUUAAGUCUAAUGGCUCAUCAAGUUAAUUGUGAUCCCACGUCCAUCCCGUUUGUGAGUGUUUUCUUCGUGUAAAUGUGUACGUGUGUAAAAUAAAAUGAAGUGCUGAAGAAA